UACUUUUCGUCGACAAAAGUUUUCCCUUGAGCUUGCGCAGUAAGAGGGAGAGGUGGUCUACGCCUUGAAAGCUCUUGUGGCGAUGCGAAGAAAACACUGAAUUAUAUUGAUUAGAAAUGGAUUAUCUGAAGGAAUUUCUUCUCCCCAAACAAUUCAGCGUGUAUGGAUACAUCGUUGCUGUAUUCAAUGUAUUGGCUGGAGUCAUUGUUACCUUUAUAACGGGUAUUAAAUGGACUGAAAGACGACAAUUUCAAUGCAACAGACAAGGUAUUCGAGCUGACAUGGACUUCUUGACGACGAAGUGUUUUAAUCAGUACAGUCAAGAAUACAGUUCUUCUCUACCGCUGUUUGGAUUUGCAUUUAUGAGCUUUGGUAGUUUAGUUGUUGUUUGUAUUAUUUAUUCUUGGUGUUGUGUGAAAUCUCGAGUUGAACACAUCGAACAAGAAUGUACACGUAAUGAAGAAAGCCCUCGACCUGUAGCUCCUUGGACUCGCCAUAUUUUCUUGUUAUAUUUUUUGCAUUUAGUAGUACGCUGUGUGAUUGGAGCUACCUUUGCAUUGUUACUAUCAACAGGAGUUUUUCCUUCCCAUUUUCCGGCGCAAUAUGUGUGUGAAUGGAAUACAAAAGGAACGAAAAUUGCAGACUCAAAUGCAACACAUUUUAAGUCAUCGUUAGUUUUGUGCCAGAACAAAGUUGCCAAAGAGACAAUUUAUUGGACAAAUUUAAUUUGGAUUAUGCAUAUAGUAUUAGCAUGUCUUGUGCUAUUAGAAGUGUGUUAUCUUCUGGCAAGAGCUACUUGUGACAGGCACUUUAUGAGAGACCAUGAAUUCUGGCAAAGAUAUCUUUUACGAAAUAUAAGAUUUCCUUUAUUGCAAGAGCACAACAGUCUGUUACGAUCUCAAAUAUUGCUGCAGACAGAGUAUCUUGAACCACUAAUACCCUUAAUUCCAUCUGAAGAUGACAAUCGUAGAGCGAUAGAUGAUGUUUAUGUUGAUCUUGCUAUACAUCCUAGUUGGGUCAUGCAUGACUUCGACAUGAGUAAGAACAGACAUGAACUCUUAGACAUCCAUCUCAACAGACCUAAAACUUCAAUUCCAAUAAAUGACUUAAAUGAGCUUUUCUCUUCAGAAAGCCGAUCCCAUGACAACAUCCUUGUGAUUGGUCGUCCUGGUAUUGGGAAGACAUCAUUGUGCUCCAAAAUAAUUCGUGAAUGGUGUAAAGGAAAAUUGAAUCAAUUCAAGCUUGUUUUUCUCUUUAGGUUUAGGCAUUUGAGUUCUCAAAGAUUCAACAAACUGUCAUUUAUGAAAUUUCUCAAGGAAGCAGAAUACUCCAUGAAUGUAGACUCAGCUAUUUUACAAAAUAUUCAAGACAGUCGUCAAUCAAUUUUGUUGAUCUUUGAUGGCUUAGAUGAAUUCAAGCAUCGUGAACACCUUAUUAAAGACCAGUCAGAAUUUAGCAGUUUGAAUGGUUUGAAAGAUGAAAUGCCCAUAAGUGUUCUUUAUUCAAAACUUUUGCAAAAGAAGCUAUUUCCUGGAGCCACAAUCUUGACAACCUUGCGGCCAAAUGCUGUGGACUCGCUGAAAAUGUUAAUGGUAUAUUUUGAUAGAAUUGUUGAAAUUUUGGGUUUUGCUCCAAACAAUGUUAAAUCAUUUGUUCACAAAUUUUGUAAUAAUGCACUCACAGCAAGCAAGAUUUGGCUGCACAUAGAAUGCAAUUUGAACCUAUUGUAUCUGUGUUACAUUCCAGUCAAUUGCUGGAUAGUCUGUUCCUUGUUACAUGAUUUCAUCAAAAAACAUAGUAGUAGUUUGGAUAGCUUAGUGCUACCCACCACUCUAACUGACAUCUACAAAGGAGCAUUGCGGCUGUUUUUGUUCAAGCAUUCUCCUGAAUUUCAUCAAGAAAUGUCUAUCAGCGACUAUACCAAUGAUACAAUUUCAAGCAAAUUUGAGCAAGUUCUCUCAAGACUAGGAAAACUAGCGAGAAAAGGACUUGAAGAGAAACGAUUGGUUUUUGAGAGAGAAGAGGUUCAAGGAUUAGAAAACUGCGGUUUUCUCAACUGCAUGCCAAGUAAAGAAAAUCCAGAGUUUGUAUUUCCUCGAGCAUCACAAUAUUGCUUUAUUCAUUUGACACUUCAAGAGUUUCUUGCUGCGAGAGAAAUAACACAGGCAGUUGACAUUGAUAAAAUUGUUCAAUUGAUUAACAAUAAAGCAGAAGAUUACAACUGGCAUCUUGUAAUACAAUUUAUAGCAGGAUUGUUACAAAAACAUGCUUUUAAAGUUUCUAAGUAUUUUGAAGACAUGCUUUGCAAGUCUUUGAUCAGGAGAACUGAUAGACAUAUAGUUUUACUCAUACUUAGAUGUUUUUAUGAGCUAAACAAUGAAGAAGCUGUCAUGAAAGCUGCAUCAAAACUGGAAGAUUUUACUCCUGGUGAAAUAGAUUUGUCUCAAAGUGAUGUGACACCACCUGAUUGUACAGCUAUUAUGUUUGUUUUAAGGCACUGUGGGACUAGUCUGAACUCACUGAAGAUAUCUGACAACAAGUUUGGCGAUAGUGGUUGCUCAGAGCUUGUCAAGAUUUUCAUAAUGCAUGGUGCAUUUGAAUGUCAUCUCACCCAGUUGGACUUUUCAGGUAACGAAAUAACUGAUCGAGGUAUGUUGCAUUUGAGUGAUGCACUCAAAAGUGAGAACUGUCAUCUCACCAAGUUGGGCUUGAACAGGAAUCAUAUAAGUGAUCAAGGUGUGUUACACCUGAGUGAUGCACUCCAAAGUGAAAACUGUCAUCUUGGCCAUUUGGAAUUGUCCUCAAAUGAAAUAACUGACCAAAGUGUGUUAUAUCUCAGUGCUGCACUCAAAAGUGAAAACUGUCAUCUUGGCCAUCUGGAAUUGUCCUUGAAUGAAAUAACUGAUCAAGGUGUAUUACACCUGAGUGAUGCACUCAAAAGUGAAAACUGUCAUCUCACCAAGUUGAACUUGUCCGAUAAUCAAAUAACUGAUCAAGGUGUAUUACACCUGAGUGAUGCACUCAAAAGUGAAAACUGUUAUCCAUUGGAGCUUGUUCGGUAAUGAAAUAACUGUGAAAAUGAACUGAGUAGCAAGAUUGGACUCUUAUUGCGACCAUCAGUAUAGUAGCUACAGAAAAUAAAACAUAACACAUCAAGGUGUGUUACACCUGAGUGAUGCAGUCAAAAGUAAAAAUUGUCAUCUUAAAGUAGUUGUGAAUCAAAUAACUGAUCAAGGUGUAUUACACCUGAGUGAUAAAGAAAAGUGUUAACUGUCAUCUCACCCAGCUAGACUUGGUCAACUAGAGUGAUGCACUUGUGAGCAAAAAAUGUCCUCUGAUCAAGUCAAAAUUGUCCUCGAAUGAAAUAACCCAUCAAUGUUAACACUGUCAUCACAUCUGAAAGCCUCAUUUGAACUUGUCCUGAAUUUGUCAAAUUUGUUCUGAAAGAAAGAGUUGAUGACACGGAUUGCACGGAAGCCUUUGAAAAACUGGAAAGACUUCCUCAACGUAUAAAAAGUUGUUAAAAAUUCAAAUGAUGACAUCCCUUAAAUGAUAAAAUUUGUGCAUGAAUCACAAAGUGACAAAAUAUAGUCAAAAGUACAUUUUGAUAAGAACAUUCUGCUUUGCAUCUUACAGAAGUGAUUGUCAAAAUGAAGCGCGACCCCCAAAGACUUCAUUAUUCAGUUCAUUAUUGUUAAUUUUCAUUUUAUUUUUCAUGUUUAAACUUCAGUUGAUUUAUGCAAAAUUAAAUUUAAAUCUCGAACUCUGAUUGGAUAAUGGACUAAACAGGAAACCCACACGAAUUAACGAUAAUUGACAGCAUCCAAUAUGGUGGAUCAAAACACAUACAGUUGUUUUUAUCAUUCAGGGUGUACCAUGCCAAAUGCCCUUAAAGAGGAAAUAAUAGCGCAAUAUAACUAGGGUUAAUCUGAAAACAUGUAGUUUACGAAUAUCAACAAACUCUGUUAAGAAAAUGACACAGCAUUUCUACCUUUUUGGACCAUCAAACUUUCUCACAAGAAGGAACAGAUCCAACCAAAGUAACAGACAACAUCAAGUUGUGGAAAUUGCAAAAGCCCAGCAAAAAAAAUCCAAUCGACAAUCCAAUCAAAUUUCAAGGUUUGAAUUAAAAUUUGAUUUCAACAAUGUUGUGUUAAUUUGACCAAGAAUCGAAUGAUAAAAAAAUUGAUGCUUCAUGUCUUUUGACUGUUAUCUGCUAGCUAUUGUGGACAGUGCCCUUGAAGCAAACGUUGUUAUAACACUGGAUAACUAAUGCCAUAGGCUAGGCCGACUUUAGUUUUACCUAAGUUUUGUCAAUCUGUGUAUCAUGUCGCGUUUGGAACACCGGAAGUCCAAUCCUCAACUUUCAUGUCGUGAUAUUCUUUCUAACGGGAAAUCAGACAACUCCAACUGGGAUCCCUGUGUCAUUGCGUCACACAUGAUGUGUCAUGACAUUUAUUAAAUUAUUACUUCUUAGGUGUGCACGUGAUUGCCUGAUUAUUAUGGUUUAUUUAACUCUGGGCUACCAGUGCCCUACUAAAUCCAAUGUAUCAUUGGAUGGACGUUUUACUACUCUGAGCAUGCUUGUAAUUUUCAAUCAGAGGAGUACUUCCCACAUGGUUCUCAGUAAGCCAAAAUAAUAGUAUAUAAAUCAAGCAAAAUAUAGAAGAUUAUAAUGAAACACUGCAGUGUAGGGCCAAAGGAUAUGACGUUAAGAUAAAAAGAUGAUGAUGCAAUACAAUAUAUGACGUCAUGGUGACGUAAUUACACAGGAACCCCGAAUUAGAGAUGUUUGAUAACUUCUGGAAGUCUUACAAUUAUUUGAACUUCCGGUGACUAAACGCGACAUGACACACAAAAAUAGAUAGAUAAAAAGGUAAAACUAAAGUCGGGCUCCCUGCGGGUAGUCCGACUAAAAAACCGUUCCAAGUCCACAUUCUUCACUUUUACAAGAUGGCAGCUAGCAGUUUGUAGUGUAAAAUUCUGAAGAUCCAUUUUAACAUGGAGAAGGACAUAUGAAGUAAGUGUUAAUUAUUGGCUAAGGAUAGAUUUAUUUUAGAAUAUAUGCAAUACACAGGGAGACCAAAAAACAUUUUUACUUUAUUAAUAUCAAAGCAAAGCAAAGAAUAAUUUAUAUUAUUGACUAUAGUCAACUAGAUUUCUUUAAUGCACCUGUUGAGUAGAUGGAUGCGACGCAGGCUAUAUUUGAGUUGGGUAUUCAAAGUUAUAAAAGCUUCUUAUUUAACAGACAUUUUGAGACAGUUUGAGCAGGUUUUGUUGUGUCCAAAAGUACGAUAAAACAAAAUAUCACCAUUUCUUCCACUAAAUGUUGUUUAUUGUAGGUCAUUUUAGGUCAUUUUAGCUCAUUUUAGCUCAUUUUAGCUCAUUCCUCUUUUUAGUAACUACGAAAUAAAAACAAGCGAAAUAUAUUAUAAGAUAUUACAAAUCAAUGAAGGUGUCAUUCUCAUUUAAUAUACAGAAAGUAAAUGUUAUUUUAUUAAAUGCAGUAGUGGAAAUCAAGGUCUUAAGUAAUGAAAUAAAUACCAAUGUUGGAUUUGUCUAUUUUUAUA